CCUGAGAAAACCCUAAACACCCCCUAAACCAACCCAAUAAACAUUUCGAACGACUCAAUCUAACGAUCUCCAUCUCGAGCUCCAUCUCCGACCUCUAAACCCUCUCUUCUCGUCGUUAUCGGCACAGCAACGGCGGUGCGAGGUCCUUUCCGUCCAUCCUCCCUCACCGGAGCUUCUCUCCUCACUCCGUCGACGGCAGGUUGCUUUGGAGCAGUAACUAGGAGGUUUGGUUCUGUAGGAAAGAGGACUUUGUUGCCAAGAGCCAUGAGUGGUGAGACCCUGGCCCCCGCUGCUGCAGCUGCUGUCCAGGAGCAGAUUGUGCAGGAUGGAAAUCGAGUUGGAAGUGUCAAGCAACAGCUGUCAAGUUUAUUUGAAGCAUCCCUUAGAGCAACUUUUCCAGAACUAAAUAUAGAGCCAAUGGUUGCUGCCUGCACAGCAAAGUUUGGUGAUUAUCAGUGUAAUAAUGCUAUGGGCAUAUGGUCAAAGCUAAAAGGAGCUUCCGCAGAAUUUAAAAAUCCGAAAUCUGUUGGGCAGGGAAUUAUAAGCAAUCUCCCUCCAUCAGAAAUGAUAGAAUCCACCUCUGUUGCUGGGCCUGGUUUUGUGAACAUUGGAUUGUCGAGCACAUGGAUGGCUCAGAGUAUUCAAAACAUGUUGUCAAAUGGAAUUGGGACUUGGGCACCACUUUUACCAGCUUCUAGGGUGUUAGUUGACUUCUCUUCACCUAAUAUUGCAAAAGAAAUGCAUGUUGGCCAUUUGAGAUCCACAAUAAUUGGGGAUACCCUAGCUCGCAUGUUGGAGUUUUCAAAUGCGGAAGUUUUUCGACGAAACCAUGUUGGUGAUUGGGGCACACAGUUUGGAAUGUUGAUUCAACAUUUAUUCGAGACUUUUCCAAACUGGGAGGACAUUGGUGAGCAAGCCAUUGGAGAUCUCCAGGAAUUUUACAAGGCCUCAAAAAAGAGGUUUGAUGAAGAUGAUUUAUUCAAAGAACGUGCACAAGAAGCCGUUGUCCGACUGCAGAGUGGGGAGGACAAGUAUCGUGAUGCCUGGAAAAGAAUAUGUGAGAUUAGUCGUAGAGAGUUUGACCUGGUGUAUGAGCGUCUUGGGGUUCAUUUGGAAGUAAAGGGUGAAAGUUUUUAUAAUCCAUAUAUUCCAGGAGUUCUAGAAGAAUUGAGUAGCAAGGGUUUGAUAGAAGAAAGUGAAGGUGCUCGUGUAAUUUUUAUUGAAGGGCAACAGAUACCUUUGAUAGUUGUAAAAAGAGAUGGAGGAUAUAACUAUGCCUCAACUGAUUUAGCUGCUCUUUGGUAUCGACUGAAUGUAGAGAAAGCUGAUUGGAUUAUUUAUGUGACAGAUGUUGGUCAGUCGCUACACUUCACUAUGUUUUUCAGUGCAGCUAAACGAGCUGGCUGGCUUCCUGAUUCCAACAUCAAAGCAUUUCCAAAAACUAGUCACGUUGGAUUUGGUUUGGUUCUUGGUUCAGAUGGCAAACGUUUCCGGACUCGCAGUUCUGAAGUUGUUCGACUCGUGGAAUUACUUGAUGAAGCUAAAAAUCGCAGCAAAGCAGAACUUCUGAAACGUCUUGAAGAAAGUGGUAAACUUGCAGAAUGGACAGAUGAGGAGCUUGAGAAAACUGCAGAAGCAAUUGGUUAUGGGGCAGUAAAGUAUGCAGAUCUGAAGAAUAAUCGGCUGACUAAUUACACAUUUAGUUUUGAUCAAAUGCUUAAUGAUAAGGGGAAUACUGCAGUUUACUUGCUGUAUGCUCAUGCUCGCAUUUGCUCGAUUAUCCGGAAAUCUGGAAAAGAGAUAGAGGAUCUUAAAAAAACAGGAAGAAUUGUGCUGGGUCAUGCAGAUGAGCGUAUUCUGGGCCUUCAUCUUAUUCGUUUUGCUGAGAAUGUUGAGGAGGCGUGUACCAAUCUGCUUCCAAAUGUGUUGUGUGAAUACCUCUAUGACUUAUCUGAUAAAUUUUCUCGAUUCUAUGCAAGUUGCCAGGUUGUUGGGUCAGCUGAAGAAACGAGCAGGUUGCUGCUAUGCGAGGCAACUGCUGUGGUUAUGAGGAAGUGUUUCCACUUGCUAGGAAUUCAGCCCGUCUACAAAAUAUGAUGAUAUAUCAUUGAUUUUUCUGUCUCAAUCUGUCUGUAUGUACUAAUGUGGGCAAGGUUUUUAUUUUUGUAACCGUAUCCCUGCCUGGAUGGGUAAUUAUUAUUGUUUUCAAUUUUCAGUUAUAGCUUAGCUGCACACUGAGUGGGUUAUCCAUGCAGCAGCAGAUUGUGGCGUGGUGGUUGUAUGUUUUAUUAGUGGUUUAGUAGUGAACUUCAAGUAGGGGUUGUCCACUUUAA